GCGCCGCCAACAUCCGCGCCGCGCGAGCGAGCGACAGUCAGUUCGGCGCCGACAGCCAUCACGCGCAGACGUUUUCUAUAAAAUAUGGCCGCCGCCCACACGCACUCGGCCCCCGCGCCCUCCGACCGUCGCUCAGAGGGCCGCGCUGGAUCUCGGCGCAUCUUCCCACCUCAGUUUAAGUUACAAGUCCUCGAUGCAUACAGACGGGAUACGCAAUGCCGGGGCAAUCAACGUGCUACUGCGAGAAAAUUUGGUAUCCAUCGCCGGCAGAUCCAAAAAUGGCUUCAAGCUGAACCAGCUCUUCGAGCGGCUCUUUUGAGACGAGCGCCUCAGCCGGCACCUUCACCACCUCCAUACUCAGUUGGCUCUCCGGAAAGUGCGCGACUACCAUCGCCGCCACCCGCACCGACAGUUUUACCGUCCUCAGUGCAAGUGCAUACACCGUUGGCGGCACCGGUACCUGUUAUGCCGCCUUCAGCAGAGCCCAUAGACUUGUCAGUGCGGCGUCUUUCACCAGCUGUGACAUCAGUAUCGUCAUAUGCACCACUCACUGUUUCGGAGCAACCUCCACCGCGCAAACCUUUCAAGUUAUUCAGGCCUUACCUUUUAGAAGACGAUGAAGAAAAACGGCCAUCGUUGGCGUCGUUACCGGUGUCAAACGGGGUUCACGUGUCAGCGUUUAUGCCAGUGCAGAGCGCGGCGGGCUGCGCUCUUGCCGCUUGCACAGCACCCCGCUGGUGUUCGCCAGCUCCUUCCUUUUCGGCUCCGCUCAGAUGAGAAGCAACCGCUGGGGCCUUACCCCUAUCCUCCUGUGAUCUAGUCGCCGACGCCCGCCUGGCGCCGCCUGGGGCGUAGCCCUCCAUCACCGUGCCUUAACAUACACGUCGCCAUAGUGCAUUAUGCCGUCAUUACGAGAUGACUGUCUAUUUUUGUGUAUAAUAAUUAUAAGAAUAAGAAUGUAUUUUUUUAUGUGGGGGUUUAUAAAGUAUACCUACAUUUAUUGCAGAUUAUAAUGAUAUAACAAU